CGCAGCGACAAAUGGGGGUCGUACAAGUCUUCUUCUUGGCCGGCGCCAUCUUGCCGGUUCUGACGCUGGACGGCAGUCAGGUGACCACGAAUACUUACGUUGAUGGACGGAGUGGUGUGGUGGUGAUGCCUGGGCUGGCGUCUCAGGCCUCCGACCCUCCGAUGCAAGGCGUGCAGAUGAGGAUCAGCUCUUCUUCUUCAGCUCGUCCACCGAGAUCUGACAUUCCGUUCUUCUCUUCAUCAUCAGCAAACACUCUUCCAUUGAGUAUGGUGACAACCUCUUCUUCCAGCACAAGUAACUCUGAAAUGGUGACGAUAAAUUCCAAUAGAUACAACCAGAUUGUCUCUCAACUUUCGAAGAGAGUGGAUACAGCAAGCCUCUUCAGGCCCCAAAAAGCUGCACCCAUAAACUAUUUUGUCAUGAACAUGGAUACGAAAACCCGGUCCACUUCCGACGAGCGUGCAGGUAGGCGCUACCGUCGUUAUUCUUCGGAGUCAGUAUCCAAUAACAAUAGUGAGAUAAGCAAAACUUUUCAACUUUUAGAUGAAGGGGAAGAGAAAAUCCAGUUAAGUGAACGAUACAAGAAUAUAACCUUAAUAUUAGGGAAUACUGGAACCGGCAAGAGUACAUUUCUUCAAUGGUUCGCUGGGGACAAUAAUAAGUUGCUAGCAAAAAGGGAACGUGGGAAAAGUGGAGCGUUUCUUAUUGAGGAUGGAAAUAGAAUAGGCAAUUCUACUCUAAAAUCGAUGACAAUUUUCCCAGAGUUGGUGGUUCACACUGGAACAGAUGAUGCGUACUAUGAUUGCCCUGGAUUUAGUGAUACGAGGAGUACCAGUAUGGAAAUAGCAACAACCUACUUCAUUAAAAAAGUUGCAGAUUAUGCUGAAUAUGUUAAAUUGAUCUUUGUUGUUAAUCAUUCAUCGGGUGUGAUGGUGCACAAAGUUGACGACUCGUGCUACAUGGCGACCCGCACGCAGGCGCCAUCUAGCGUCACGCCGCACCUGUCGUCCGCAACGUUCCACGCUUCAGGAUGA